CAGUUCACCAGGACUUGGGGCUUUAGAAACAGACCUCAGUUCUCUACUCUUCUCUAAGUAACUCAUGAUUAAGUCACUUGAUGGCUUGUCAUCAGAGUUGCAGGGACAUUAAUUAUUUAAAUUAAGCAGGUGUUAAGAAACUCCAAUGUCAGUUUUGUGUUGCCUAGAGACACCAAAUAAUCUGAGAGUAGUACAGCCGGAAGAAUUCUUAGUCAUCUACAGUUCAGUCUCCCUAAUUUUCUGGAAGAGGAAAUGGAGAUUCAGAAUAACCAAGGCAUUUACCCAAGUCAAGCAGUUAGUGGCCCUGUAUCUGCCUCCCACGCCACUGCUCUUUCUACUCUGUCAUGCUGUCACAUAUACACUGUGUAAAACACAUCAUUGCCAGUUAUGAAGGAUUGUGAAUGGGUCUUCACUAAAGAGGAAGGAAAUGAUUCAUUAAAAUUUCUGGAUGACGCCCCCCCUGGCACACAGGAAUACAUUAUGUUACGGCAAGAUUCCAUCCAAUCUGCGGAAUUAAAGAAAAAAGAGUCCCCUUUUCGUGCUAAGUGUCACGAAAUCUUCUGCUGCCCGCUGAAGCAAGUGCACCACAAAGAAAACACAGAACCCGAAGAGCCUCAGCUUAAGGGUAUUGUUACCAAACUAUACAGCCGACAAGGCUACCACUUGCAACUGCAGGCAGAUGGAACCAUUGAUGGCACCAAAGACGAGGACAGCACUUACACUCUGUUCAACCUCAUCCCUGUGGGUCUUCGAGUGGUGGCUAUUCAGGGAGUUCAAACCAAGCUGUAUUUGGCAAUGAACAGCGAGGGAUACUUGUACACCUCGGAGCAUUUCACACCUGAGUGCAAAUUCAAAGAAUCAGUGUUUGAAAAUUAUUAUGUGACAUACUCAUCGAUGAUCUACCGUCAGCAGCAAUCGGGCCGAGGGUGGUAUCUGGGCCUGAACAAAGAAGGAGAGAUCAUGAAAGGCAACCAUGUGAAGAAGAACAAGCCCGCAGCACAUUUUCUGCCCAAACCACUGAAAGUGGCCAUGUAUAAGGAGCCGUCUCUGCAUGAUCUCACGGAGUUCUCCCGAUCUGCGACCAAGAGCAGAAGCGUCUCCGGUGUGCUGAAUGGAGGCAAAUCCAUGAGCCACAAUGAAUCAACGUAGCCAGUGAGGGCGAAACAAGGGCUCUAUAACAGAACCUUACCUCCAGGUGCUGUUGAAUUCUUCUAGCAGUCCUUCAUCCAAAAGUUCAAACUUAUCGGUGAGGUUUACCAAACACACAGGCAGAGUUCCCUAUUCUAUCUGCCAUGAGACCUUGUUAUAAUCCAUACUAAAGCCCCAUAAUUUAGAUUGAGCUUGUGCAAAACAAUGCCAAGCGUUAUCAAUGAACUAAAUCUGGAAGAAGGACUGCCAAAUUUUCUCAUGAUCUCACCUAUACUUUGGGGAUAACACAGCAAAAAUAUUUCACAGCACUCAGGCUGGUAAAUUUGUUUCCCAACCAAGAAAAUUUAAAAGACCACAACUAUUCUUUAAAAAGAAAACAAAAUAAAAUUAACUGCUUAAAUGUUUUGUAGGGGCAAACAAAGUCUGUGAACUGUGUUGCUUUCUUGGCUUCAUGUUUUCUAUCUAUGCUUGAUUCAAAUGUACUCUUUAAUAUAGUGAAAUUGUAUGAUUUCUGAAAUCCAAUGAUUCUAUUGACUCUGUCACUUAACCCAAAUCAACCACAUUAGGGUUGAUUCUGAAUUGGCUUCUCAGGCAACAGUAUUCUUACAGAUUUUCCUCUCCCUCCCUUUCCACUUCUCUCCCUCCCCCUCCCUUUCUCUUUCUCUCUCUUUCUUUUUUGUUGUUAAUUAGAACUGUAGCAUUCUGGUCAAGUUCUUGUGCUGUACUUUGUGCGUAGAAAUUGAGUUGUAUUGUCACCCCAGUCAGUAAAGAUAAGUUGAAACAAGAUUAUCCUCAAGUGUAGAUUUCUCUUAAUUCCAUUCGUGUAUCACGUUAAUCUAUUAUUGUGGCUUCUUGUGUAAAGACGGGAACUGUGGAACAGUGGUGUCGUCUUUUGUGUUGUUCAAAUCAGAAUUGUCUCAUCUGUAUAUGUACAAGUCCCCUGUUAUUGUAUUUGGCACGUGAACAUUGUAUUGUGUACAAAGAAAUGUUAAGACUGGUUCCCCCUAAACAACAUAUAUUAUACUUGCUACUGGAAAAGUGUUUAAGACUUAGCUAGCUUUCCAUUUAGAUCUUCAUAUCUGUUGCAUGGAAGAAAGUUGGAAUCUUGGCAUAGAGUUGCAUGAUAUGUAAGAUUUUGUGCAUGAAUAAUUGUUAAAAUCUGUGUUCCAAAAGUGGACAUAGCAUGUACAGGCAGUUUUCUGCCCUGUGCACAAAAGUUAAAAAAGUUGUUUAAUAUUUGUUGUUGUAUACCCAAAUACGCACCGAAUAAACUCUUUAUAUUCAUUCAAAGAAAAAACAACUUCAAUGUAUA